UACUCUUUAACAAAGUUUGCUCAUCCUUUAACUAGGACUGGAAAAGGCGUGUGUUCAAGAGAGAAAAAAAAGAAAAAAAAAAGGAGAUAGAUGGGGAGGGGAAGAGUUGAGCUUAAGAGAAUAGAGAACAAAAUCAAUAGGCAGGUGACUUUUGCUAAGAGAAGAAAUGGGCUGCUCAAGAAGGCCUAUGAGCUUUCAGUUCUCUGUGAAGCCGAGGUUGCUCUCAUCAUUUUCUCCAACCGUGGAAAGCUCUAUGAGUUCUGUAGCAGCUCCAAUAUUAUGAAAACACUUGAAAGGUACCAAAAUUGCAGUAAUAGUGCAUUGGAAGCCAGCCAACUAGUCAAUGAGACACAGAGCAGCUACCAGGAAUAUUUGAGGCUAAAAGCAAAAGUUGAGGUCCUGCAGAGAUCUCAGAGAAAUCUCCUUGGAGAAGACUUGGGCCCAUUAAAUACCACGGAGCUGGAUCAACUUGAGCAUCUACUAGAGAUAUCAUUGAAGCAAAUUAGAUCAACAAAGUACUUUAGUGUCUUAGGGAUUUUCUAACUGGUUAUUACAUGAUGAUUUCCAGACUCAAAUUUUGCUUGAUCAGCUUGCUGAUCUUCAAAGUAGGGACCAAAUGCUGGUGCAAGCUCACAACGCAUUAAGGAGAGAGUUAGAAGAAAGUAAUGCACAAAUUCCAAUCCGACUAGCAUGGGAAGCCGGAGGAGCUCAGAGCAGUCAGUGCAGUCACCUUCCUCUUCAAUCUGAGGGGUCCUUUCAACCUUUGGAAGGCAGUUCCACACUGCAAAUUGGGUACCUGAUCCGACCCUAUUAAUAUGGAGUAAUCCUAUUCAUACUAUUAUUCAUUCUCUCCCUUAAUAUCAUAAUUAUCAUCACUGGUUGCAGAUACAAUUCAGUGGCUUCAGAGGAGAUGAUCAUGAAUGUUGGCAGCUCAGCUCAAAAUGUCAAUGGGUUCAUUAAUCUUGGGUGGAUGCUUUGAUAUAGAUAUUGUGGGCAAGCAUAUAAUAUAAUG